AUGGCAUCUGCAGAUCCAACUAACAACACGGCAUCCAAUUGUGUAAAAUGUGACAAGCCAGACACGGAACGAAUGGUAGGAUGUGAUUUGUGCAACAAUUGGGCACAUUAUGAAUGCGCAGGUGUAUCGGAUUCGAUAGAGAACCCCGACCGCACUUGGAAAUGUCAUGUGUGCAGACCGAAAACGGCUGACGAAAAUGUACGCACACGAGACCCUGAAGUUCGAUCGAAUUGUACACGUCGAUCGCGAGUCGACUAUGAUCUGAUGAUGUUGAAGGAACAGCAUGAACUGCGAAUGAGAGCUUUAGCAGAAGAAGAAGAAGCCAGGAAGAAACGUUUUGACGCGGAAGAGGAUUACAUCCGGAAAAAAUAUGAAAUGUUGAAGGAAGCAAAUGAAGCAGGUGACGGAAGUGUCAGCAGAAGUAGCAGAGAGAAAGUCUCGGAGUGGUUAGAAAGUGGAACCACUGGGAAUAACAGACAAAAUAUGCCAGCCGGAUGGGAGUUUCCGAUGCAGCCUGUUAGCAAUGCUCAACCGUCUUGGACCACUACAUCCAAUGCUCCAAAUAACACGUUGGCCGAUUGCAAUCCGCAAAAUAUGACGACCCCGUUCUCUUCCUCCACACCUCACGCCAGUUUGAUAGUUUCAUCCACGAUUCCAACUUCUACUCAUGUUCCACUUGGUACACUGAACCAGAACCAACGUUUCGGAAACAAUCCCGUGGUAGUUCCCCAUGCGGUGAAUCUUCCGCCAACGAUUCGUUGGUCCUCGACAGAAAUAUCACCUACAACAAUGCUCCAAAUGAUCAGGAACGAAAGGCAUGAACAAUUCAGGGACAAAGUUGUUCCCAAGCCGGUUCUACGCAGUACACCUAGACCGCUUCCCCCGCGUUUAGCAGCGAUUAGAGCUGAAUCAAAUAUCCUGACAGCCGUAUGCCGAGGAUCUAUUCCAUCUGCAACAACAUUCGGCACGAACGUUACUGGAGCCGUGCCUAGGUCUCACGAUUAUAUCGAAAAUGCUCCCACAGUUUCGUUGACGAACAGCAUUCCGAGUUAUGACAAGGAGAAAGUCGCAGUAUCGUGCCCGAAUGUGAUCCCAUUAAAUUCAAACAAUGAGUAUUUCGCCAAACCGAAUCGAGCAGCCCAACCGACGUCGGAUAUAGUUCAAGACAUCUCGUCUAUUGUAGUUUCAUUGGGUCAACUAGCAACGUGUCAGCAACAACAAGAACCCGUAGUGGUAAAUAACUACCCCAGUUUACCUAGUUAUGGUUGUAAUAUGAAUCGGGAAGGCAGUUUUCACCCUCCAUCGACCCAUCUAGACCCAUCGCCGCCUACGGAAAAAGACUUGAGAAACACUAACGAAUACAAAAUGCCAUCAGCUGCUCAACUAGCUGCUCGACAAGUAAUACCACGUGAGCUGCCAUACUUUGAAGGUGAUCCACAAGACUGGCCACUUUUCUACGGCACCUUUCAAAACAGUACCAAAAGUUGCGGUUUUUCUGAUGAGGAGAACUUAUCUAGGCUACAGCGAUGCUUGCGAGGACCAGCUCUUGCAGCGGUUAGAAGUCGCCUCAUGAUUCCAGAGUCCGUACCACUAGUGAUGGAUAUUUUGAAACGCCAAUUUGGUAGACCAGACAUUCUUAUUCACGCACUACUGAACGAUCUUCGAAGGAUUACACCACCAAAAGAGGAUAAUCUACAAUUUAUCAUCAAUUUUGGCCUGGCUGUUCGUAAUAGUGUGGAUCAUAUGAUCACUGCAAACCUGUUGGAGCACCUUAGUAACCCAACUUUACUGCAGGAACUCGUGUCGAAGAUGCCAAUACAAACGCAAAUGGAGUGGUCUCGGUUUAAGCGCCAGUAUACUACAGUAAACCUAGAAGUAUUUUGCCAUUUUACUAACGAGUUGGCAGACACAGCCACCGACGUUAUUAUGCCACGCUUUGUACCUAAACACGAGGGUAUGAAGAAAACCGGUAAGGAUAGGCAAACACUUUACGCACAUACACUUCUUGAAGAUGCAGCUCGUGAUACGGCAGAAGAAAUGCCAAAGAAGUGUUGUGUUUUCUGUGGCUACCCAAACCACGUAAUAGCUACAUGCGAAUCGUUUCUAAGGUUGGAUCAUGAUGGGCGAAGGAAGGCCGUCGAGGAGAAAAGGCUAUGUCGCACUUGUCUAAUACCCCAUAAAAGAUGGCCAUGUCGAUCGGCGAAUGAGUGUGGCAUUAACGGUUGUCGAAUUCGCCACCACGCCUUACUACACUCGCAGACGGCCUCCAAUCCAAGUUCUUCUCCACAUGUCACUAUUGCGCAUCACCAUACCAGCCUAUCGUUUUCACUUUAUCGCUAUCUUCCCAUUGUAUUACAAGCCAACGGUAAGUCAGUCGAGAUAAUUGCCUUCCUGGAUGACGGUUCAUCUUCUACAUUACUUGAGACGAGUGUGGCGACCAGCCUCGGAGUUGAAGGAGAACGUGGGACAUUAUGGUUGAGUUGGACGAACAAUGUAUCGCGAGAGGAAAAAGGUUCACAACGAAUUUCAGUGACAGCUUCCGGUCUGGGAAAGAAAAAAAUGUUUAAAAUGAACAAUGUUCGCACAGUAGCAGACCUCCUUCUUCCAACUCAGACCUUCGACUAUGAAACUAUGCAAAAAGCGUACCCACAUUUAAGAGGCUUGCCAGUGACUAGUUACAAAGAUGCUAAGCCAAGGAUGAUAAUAGGUAUUGAACAUGCCGCCCUUUUAACAUCGCUUAAAACACGAGAAGGCUGUACUAAUGACCCAAUCGCAGUAAAGACACGCCUAGGUUGGUGUGUUUUCGGCCGACAAAUGAACGGCGUACAAGCGAUCGAAACCGUUAAUGUACAUUGCGCCACAGAAAAUUGCGAUCACGAACUGCACGAGUUGAUAAAACUGCUGCUCAAAUUGGAGGAUUCUAAAGCAAAAGCUCCGCUGUCAGAAUGUGACAAACGGGCUUUGGCCAUUUUAGAAGCAACCACACGGCGUGUCGACGGAAGGUUCGAAGCUGGCUUGUUAUUUAAACACCCGGAACAGCGGUUUCCCAACAGCUUCCCUAUGGCCGAACGUAGAUUGCAGGCACUAGAACGUCGUCUGGCUAAAAAUUCCUUUCUGGGCCAAAAGGUAAAAGAACAAAUAAACCUAUACCUAGAGAAAGGUUAUGCUCACCUUGCAUCAACAGAAGAGUUACAUGAAACAGACCCCGAAAAGUCGUGGUACCUUCCACUAGGAGUGGUACAAAAUCCCAAGAAACCCCAGAAGGUCCGCUUAAUAUGGGAUGCUGCUGCUCGAGCUCAUGGCGUGUCGUUCAAUGAUGCCUUACUAACAGGACCCGAUCUUCUGACUUCUCUACCGGAUAUCCUCAUCAGGUUUCGACAGAGAAACAUCGCCUUUACCGGCGACAUCAAGGAGAUGUUUCAUCAAGUCAGGAUUCGAGACUCUGAUAAGCAAUAUCAACGUUUCCUGUUCCGCGAAGAUCUACAGCAGCCACCGCAAGUCUAUGUUAUGGAUGUAGCUACGUUUGGGGCAACAUGCUCUCCAUGCAUAGCCCAAUAUGUAAAGAACCUAAAUGCCAUGGAACACGCAAAUGAAUUUCCACUUGCUGCCGAAGAUAUAAUUAAAGAACACUAUAUGGAUGAUUACUUGAAGAGCGUAGAUACACCAGAUGAAGCUGUGGAAUUGGUAAACCAGGUGAAAAUGAUUCACUCUAGAGGGGGUUUCGAGAUAAGAAACUUUGCCUCUAAUUCAAAAGAGGUCCUAGAUCGAUUGGGUGAGGUCGAAGACUUACAACAAAAGGUGCUAGGUGUUGAACCAGGACUCUGCACCGUUGAAAAGUCUGAACGAGUGUUGGGUAUCAUCUGGAAACCGCAGACUGAUGUUUUCACCUUUGAUGCUUCGUUGCAAAUAGAAGCGAUACGACACAUGGACGUUAGACGACCUCCCACCAAACGGCAAGUAUUGAGCAUUAUCAUGUCGGUAUUCGAUCCCUUGGGGCUGAUAGCCCAUUUCGUCGUCCACGGCAGAAUCUUGAUGCAAGAGAUCUGGAAAUAUGGUUGUGACUGGGAUGAAUGUAUACCUGUAGAACUACAAGAAAGUUGGUUUCAGUGGAGCAAUAAGUUGAUGCAACUGAAUCAAGUAAAUAUUCCUCGAUGUUAUUUUAAGAACUCGUCUUCCGCCUCUCUAAAUGCAAUACAACUUCACGCCUUUGUAGACGCUAGCGAAUCGGCAUAUUCCUGCGUCGUUUAUGCUUGUAUUAUUGACGAAGGUGUUCGAAAAUGUGCAAUCGUAGCAGCAAGAACGAAGGUGGCUCCUUUGAAGCCACUUUCCAUACCACGCUUAGAACUACAAGCGGCCGUGGAAGGAAGUCGUCUCAUUCAAAAGGUAACGAACGCACUCACUCUACCAGUUAUCCAGAGAUUCGUUUGGUCAGAUUCGACCACGGUAUUGUCGUGGCUACGAUCGGAUAGUCGGCGAUAUCACCAGUUUGUGGCGUGUAGAGUUGGCGAGAUUCUCCGUACGACUUCAAUCAACGAAUGGAGAUACGUGCCGACGAAACUAAACGUAGCAGAUGAAGCCACGAAAUGGAAAACGGAGCCUAGUUUUGACCCUCAGAGCCGGUGGUUCACUGGACCCGAAUUUUUGAGAAAACCUGAGAGCGAAUGGCCAUCAAAAUUUCUACCAACGAGUAGUCCUGAAGAAGAAAUGCGAGCGACAUUCGUGCAUCAUGUUCACGUCUUUCAACCACAGAUUGACUAUUCUCGGUAUUCACAGUUUAACCGAUUACUGAGAGCUAUGGCGUAUUUUUUUAGAAUAAUUUCUUGGUUUAAAGGUGAUGCCGAAGCUCUCGAAGCUAGAGUCCUCGAAUCUGAAGAACUUGAAAACGCUGAAAACUUCCUAUGGCGACAAGUCCAAAUGGAAGCUUAUCCCGAAGAGUAUAAUCACUUAGUACAGCAAUCUCAAGAUCUCCGAACAGAAAAGGUAGGCAUAAAUAAGAGAAGUUCUUUGUACCAGAUGGCACCGUUUAUGGACGAAAAUAAUGUGAUGCGCAUGAGUAGUCGAAUUGGGGCGGCACCGAAAGCAGCAUACGAAACUAAAUAUCCGGUAUUUUUACCUAAGGAACAUCGUGUAACAUACCUUCUUGUACAUUUUUACCAUCGUCGCUUCCUGCAUGGGAAUCAUGAAACGGUGGUUAACGAGUUGAGGCAGCGGUUCCAAAUCCCUCAUUUGCGAACGUUAGUGAAACGCGUUGGUAAAGAAUGCCAGAUGUGUAGAAUUAAAAAGGCUGUUCCCAAAACUCCAAUUAUGGCACCUCUACCGGCAGUUCGCCCAACUCCUUUCAUUAAACCCUUUACGCACACUGGUAUAGACUAUUUUGGCCCACAGAUGGUUAAACAAGGCCGCAGUUUGGUCAAGCGUUGGGUGGCACUUUUCACGUGCCUUACAAUAAGAGCAGUGCAUCUGGAAAUUGUGUCCGGCCUUUCCACUCAAUCAUGUGUAAUGGCAAUUCGCAGGUUCAUCGCACGAAGAGGGUCUCCAGCUACCAUCUACACAGAUAAUGGUACGAACUUCCUAGGAGCGAAUAAUCUUCUAAAAGACCAAAUAAAAAAUGCUCACGAAGGUUGUGCCAGCGUAUUCACUAAUGCCCAAACACGAUGGUACUUCAAUCCUCCUGCCACUCCUCACAUGGGGGGUCCAUGGGAACGCAUGGUUAGGUCAGUGAAGACAGCGAUGGAUGCUAUAGCGGAUCACCCACAACAUCCCAGCGACGAAGUGUUAGAAACAGUGGUACUAGAAGCAGAAUCAAUCGUUAAUUCCAGACCUCUCACCUAUGUGCCUCUAGAUGCCGCUGAAUCGGAAGCCCUGACUCCAAACCACUUUUUGCUGUAUGAUAGGGUUUUACGAGACAGCUGGAACCUAACCCAAACGCUGGUGGACAAAUUUUGGGUAAGGUGGGUCAAGGAAUACUUGCCAAUGCUGACCAGGCGCACAAAGUGGUUUUCACCAACUAAACCUUUGAAAGCGGGUGAUUUAGUGAUAGUAGUCAAUGAACAGAAAAGAAACGGUUGGAUUCGAGCACGCGUGGUUAGUGUUAUCACCGCUCCAGAUGGUCAAGUACGUCGAGCUGUGGUGCGAACAGCUAACGGAGAGAGCAUCAAAUCAGUAGCUAAUUUGGCCCUACUAGACAUCGAAACACCACAGACUGGCAUGUCAACAUGUCCACAGGAGCUUCCGGAACUACACGGGCGGGAGAAUGUUAGAAAUACCCCUGGGUUCGACGACGUGAGUGGUGUGAGUCCCAGCAGCUCCCACAAGUGA